CAUAAACAUGGAUGACAGCUCGGUUGAUGACGAUCUAUCCUCUUCUACUCAUGUAGCAAACAAUCAGCGACCUGCUCUGCCGCGCUUUGUUCCCCGAGCAACUCAGUCCGAUCAAUCCGCAGAUCUACCAGCCAGACCACCAGCCAGACCGCUAAAGCGAAGAAAGGCAGACGACAGCAGGACUGAUGAUUUGACCUUCAUGAUCUCGAGCGAUGACAUUGUUGAGGAUCAUGAAGAUGUAUAUAUGCGUUCUGAGACCUUGAGGUACUCGCCUGCAUCCUCGCUUCAGGAGGACUUCGACCCAGUCGAUACCCGCGCGUCUGUCUCCAACACCAUCGUCCAGAAUCCAACAGACCUUCGACGACCUAUCUUCCGGCCUGCUAAAAGCAUCCCUGAUGCUGACAUCUACCAACCAGACACCCUCUCCUCCUCUCAAGAAACCUUUCAUGAGCAAGAUCUACCCCGUCGGUCCUCUCUCGACGAAGAUCAGCUUGAAUCCUCAUUAUCUAAUCCCACCGUGGAUAAAGACAACAUCGAAGAGUACGACUCAGACAGGCUAGACGACUCCUCAGACAUGACCUUCACGCCGCCCAAAAUUGGCAUCACGCCUCGCAAACCGGGUCCUUCUCCCCUACGCGUCUUUUCCCCCGAUCAAUCGCCAUCACGAACUGAUCAAUCCGCAAAGCCAACCUCACCGCCCGAAGAUACACCUCCACGAAAACGCAGCCGCGCAUUGCUGUCUGCAAAUGCUUUAUCUACUCUCAUCCAAGGCCGCCAGCGAAUCAGCUCUCUUUCAGACUCCCCUCUUCCCUCCUCGCACUGCCUUAGCCUGACUCCCUCUACACCGAGACGGCCAUUGGCUGCUACAGCAGGUCAAACCAGCACCCCUAUGCUAUCUCACAGCAUUGCGAAUUUGGUACGCGCAAAUAUCAUGAAACUUCAAAGCGACGUGAAACUUAACGCCAUCACCGACCGCAACCUAUCCACCGCCGCUGCAGAGACAAAGAGCAUCCGCAACCUAUCCACUGCCGCCGCAGAGACAAAGAGCACCCGCAAACAGCCCACCUCAAUCGGCUACGAACUAUGGCGCGUCGUCCGCGAAAACCUCGGAUACGCCCACGGAAUAAAGAGUUACGCCGGCUUCACUUUCGUCCGCCUUACACCCCACCACCAUCAGCAGCCCGCAGUCUGGGCCCUGCUCUUCAACGUCGGCGACAACAUCUCCUCAGACCUAGGCGGCUACGACUACGCGACCACCUCUUCCACCACCACCGAGUCUCUGACCGGGUUGAUGCUGAGGAAUAAGAGUCUGUACAGGGACUCGGUGGUUAAGCUGUACAAGCCGAUUUGGUAUAUCGAGCUCUCAGACACCGACGUCGUCGCACUUCAUCACGCGAGAUUCGACGCAGUCUCCGCUCAGUCCGACCCCGAUGAUAGCUAUAUAAACGACACGUCCUCAAACCGCGUCUUAGUCUGCAUAAAAUGGAAAAUGGAAACAUAGCAUGAUUAUUAGCAAGUAAAAAGAGACGCGUAGGAGGUGCUCGGGAGGGUAAAUCUAUUUAAGCUUUUGAGACGCGUCGGGCACACGCGCCGCGCGCGCUCGGGUUUCUUAGGUCUUUGAUCUCCCAUU